CUUUGGUCGACAGCAUGAACAUUUGAGCAGGCAGUCACGUCGUCAACCGCCAAGUAGUUGGCUGAGGCGGUCGGUGAUGCCACAUACGUGAUACGUGACAGAUUCGUUUCAUGGUGGCCUUGCAUGCACUGAUGCCUCUGCACGAGACCCCUACCCAGUACUGACUGUCUGGCGUCACGAGAAUGCUGGUUGGUCAUCAUGGCCGACUUCGACCUCGCCUCGUCGUUCAUCCCUGCUCUGCAUAAACCAGCGGCCCUCCUACCCAUAGCAAAGCACCGUCAGAGCCUGCUCUACGUCGUCGAGACAUACCCUGUCACGAUAGUCAUUGGUCAGACCGGCUCAGGGAAGACGACACAGAUACCCCAGUAUCUAGAGGCCGCUGGUUGGUGCGCUGAUGGAAAGAUUAUUGGCAUCACCCAGCCUAGGCGGGUCGCUGCUACGACAGUAGCUGUGCGUGUCGCCGAGGAGCUCGGAUGUGAGCUCGGCAAGGAAGUGGGCUACUCAAUCCGCUUCGAGGAUGUCACGUCCGCAGAGACACGCAUCAAAUUUAUGACUGAUGGCCUCUUGAUACGGGAGGCGCUUGUCGACCCCCUACUGAGCCGGUACUCGGUCAUCAUGGUGGACGAGGCGCAUGAGAGGUCCAUCAGCACCGACGUUCUUCUAGGUCUGCUCAAAAAGAUCCGCAGGAAACGGCCAGACCUGCGCAUCAUCGUGAGCAGCGCGACGCUCCAGGCCGAAGAGUUUUUGAAGUUCUUUUCCCACUCGAGCGACGAGCGGCCAUCAGAAAAAGAGAAUGGCGACGAAGAAAACACCGUUGCCAAGAUUGUGAAUCUCGAGGGCCGGACAUAUCCCAUUGACAUCCUGUACCUCGAGACUCCGGCGGAAAACUACCUCGAAAAAGCAAUAGACACCGUAUUCGACAUCCAUACGCAAGAAGGGGAAGGAGACAUUCUGGCAUUCCUGACCGGGCGUGAGGAAAUCGACAACGCCGUUCAGGCCGUGUCGGAGAGGGCCGCCCAAACGGGGAGCAAGUAUGAGGCGAUUCAACCACUGCCUCUGUAUGCCGGAUUAUCAUCGGAGCAGCAGAUGUAUGUCUUCGACAAACUACCAGAAAAGACGCGCAAGGUGGUCUUCUCGACGAACAUUGCCGAGGCGUCGGUAACCAUUGAUGGUAUCGUCCAUGUGGUCGACUGUGGCUUCGUCAAACUGCGGGCUUACAAUCCCGUGACUGGGAUCGAGACGCUCACGGCUACACCAAUAUCGAAGGCCUCCGCGUCCCAAAGGGCCGGAAGAGCGGGCCGUACGAAGCCGGGGAAAUGUUUUCGGCUGUAUACGGAACACGACUACGAGGCUCUGCCGCAGACGAAUCCGCCGGAGAUACAGAGGUCCAACCUGGCCCCGGUGAUCCUCCAGUUGAAGGCUCUGGGGAUUGACAAUGUGGUACGAUUCGAUUAUCUGUCUCCGCCGCCCUCUGAACUCAUGUCCAAGGCCCUCGAGCUCCUCUACUCUCUGGGUGCCUUGGACGAGUACGCCAAGCUGACGCGGCCGCUGGGCUUCCGAAUGGCGGAACUGGCAGUCGAGCCCAUGAUGGCCAAGGUCCUUCUGUCCGCAGAGGCCUUUGGUUGCCUCAGCGAGAUUCUGACAAUCGCUGCGAUGACGAGUCUGGGCGGCAGCGUGUGGUUCUACCACGACGGCGAGCAGAAGCAAAUGGAAAGCUCGCGGCGCAAAUUCGCCGCCGAAGAGGGCGACCACCUCACCCUACUCAAUGUCUACACCGCGUUCGUCACCAAAGGGAAGAAGGAGUCGCGUUUCUGCUACGAGAACAACCUCAACUUCAAGUCCAUGACGCGGGCGGUCAGCAUUCGGGCGCAGCUCAAGCGCUACCUCGAGCGGUUCAGCAUCACGGUGGACGAGUCCCUUGCGGCGCAGCAGCCCAAACCAGAUUACGCCAGAAAAGCCGAGCAGAUACGACGCUGCCUGACGGCAGGGUACUUUGCGCACGCGGCGAGGAUGCAGCCCGACGGCACGUAUCGCAACGUCGCUGGUGGGACUGUGCUGCACGCGCACCCGAGCUCCCUCAUGUUCAACCGCAAGGCGGACUGGGUGAUUUUCCACGAGGUCAUGGAGACGGGCGACAAGACGUUCAUCAGGGACGUGACCAAGAUUGAAAAGGGUUGGCUGCUCGAGUACGCGCCGGAAUUCUACAAGGUCGCACAGUCGAAAGGCUAGAAUGACAUCCAUCGGGGUAACACGGCGACGACUCGUGACUUGGAAGUACGUAGUGAUACGUACGUACUUCGUACAGAGAACAGCUGGACCCAGGGAAAAUUCUCUGGCGAUCAACAAGCUGUCGAUGCCGGAGCUAGCACAUUACGCAUGAUCGUGUUCACUUUGCGGGGGCGCACCGUCCGCAGCCCGGGCUGGCCGUGGCCCACUUACCAAAUGUCUCUGCGUGCUCGAGUAUCCGGGAGCCGGAAAACAAAUACUAGCAUAGGAAUGCGGCAAAGGCCGCGGUGCGGUGCGUGUGCGACAAUGUCUGGCGGCGAAGCUUUUCGUUUCUCACCCGGGUGGGCGGUCGGGCACCGGUUCUUUCCCUGCAACAUGGGUCCCCCCCGCCCCCUGGCAGCAAAACAUCGCCAGCAAGCAACAAACAACAAGCACAAGCCUUGGACCAACCAACGCAAGGGAGGACCGGGCAUUUGCUGGGACGAACACACCGCUCCUGCCGUCUCCGGAUCGCGUCCUGACAGUACCAGUACUUUGGAACAACAGCAAUUGGUAAUCCUAGGUAUAAGCAUCGUCAAGCCGAGCAGGGAGCCGCUGGGUUGGUGACGUGGACCGCUGUAGCGGAGAGCCAAGAAU